AUGGCAGAUCAUCCAGCGACGUUAAACACGCUAUACGAGGACGACUCGACAAGGACACAGUAUGAGCCCGUCCAUCUGACAGCAUCGCAGUCGCUUUCUCUCCUCCAACUCCCGCUCGCGAAGGACGUUUUCGGCCACAGCAGCAGCAGCAACAGCAGCAGCAGCAGCAGCAGCGAUGAUGAUCGACGCGUCGCAAAUGGCGAAGUCUCCUACACAGACUUUGUCACCGAAAGAGCGCGCCAUGCUGUCCAAAAUCUGACGACUGGAUUGACCGCUCCGCAAACACGCUCUCAACUCCUGCACAUCGGCCUCGCCGCCCUGUUCAGCUUCCUCCAGUCCAACGUCACCGGCCCCCCGCUGGCUUUCAAUUCUGCGGAGAUCGUCCUCCCCCCGACGCUACGCAAAGAUGCGGCGACGCUGAAUGCCGUCCGCAAGACGAUGAUCCGCGGCUUGUCCGUCGACGGCGAGGCCGCGUACCAGCUCACGCCCAACGUGGAGCUUUUCUGCGUCGCCAAGGCGAUCCUCGUCGAUGCGGAUGUGCUUGUCGACACCGGCAGCAGCAGUAGUGGUGACGGUCGUGGUGCGCCCCUCCUGGCGAGAACGGCGAGGAUGCGAGUGAACUUCCUCCAUCAGAAGAUGCUCUCCGAAGUCACGGGCACAUUGCAGAAGGCCGUCUACGACGACCUCGACGAGCUCGCCAAGUCGCUGCUUGGAGAUGGCCGCACUUCUAAAGGCGAAGAGCGGGCGAGAUUCCUGCUCGAACGCGCAACGAUACACACCCACCACGGGUUCGACGCCAAAGCCAGAGCGGAUCUGGAACAGGCUGCCGUCGAGACGGGCUUUGAGUAUGCUCUGACGGGGAAACUCGGCAAGCGGACCAAGUUCCAGGAGCGCGACAUCAGCCAGUUGGUCGUGCUGGCCAAAAGCGCCGAUGGAUCGGAGACAAACUCUUCUGCAAAGACAGAGGCACCGUCGAAGCCGAAAACGCUGGAUCUGAAUGACGACACGCUCCUUGAGUCGAUUGCGUUCGCCAAGGAGGAUGUCUCCCAGGAGAAAUCGACGACUGUUCACGAUGAAUCCUCGCUGCCGGCUUCACUGGCCUCACUGGACCCCUCCAACCAGCCGAAACUCUCUCCCCUGGACUCUGCCAUCCUCCUGGCAGUCGCCUCGGCCAUCACAAACACCUCGCCUGAGCAUGGCCUGACCCGGGAAGAGACCCUGCCCUACGCCACCCGCGUGAUCGAGGGCGGCAGUCCGAACUGGCAGAUCUACACGCAGGCCCUGCUGGUUCGGAGCCGGAUUGAGGGAUAUCGCUCGCGAACCGUCGAGCGAAGCGUGCUCCAGAUGCAGGCCCUUGUCGACCAAGUCAUCGCCGACACCGCGUCUAGCGACAGUACCGUUGCGGGCAACAAAAACAACACUAGCACGGAUGAAAGCCAACAGCCAACGACGUUCCUUCCAAGGCCACAGACAUCUGAGUCGGCCUCCGCAGCCGAGCGACUGGAGUAUAUCUGGACGCUGAACUUCCAGACCAGAUGGAGCCUGGAGGCGGAACUGGCGUCGCGAUGGGUCAAUCUGGGAGGAUUGCGAACGGCCCUCGACAUCUACGAGCGUCUGCAGAUGUGGGCCGAAGUGGCCCUGUGCUACGCCGCCACGGAUCGAGAAGACAAGGCCAAGUCGAUUGUCCGCCGCCAGCUGUACGAACGGUCCAACCCGGACGAUGGCGAUGACGACAACGCGAAAUACGACGGCCCCGAACUGUCACCCCUCCCCGCAGACGCUCCACGCCUGUUCUGCAUCCUGGGCGACAUCGACCAGGACGCAUCCAUGUACGAGCGAGCCUGGGAGGUGUCCAACCAGCGGUACGCGCGCGCCCAGCGCUCGCUGGCCCGUCUGUACAUGAGCGCCAAACCGCCCGAGCUCGAGAAGGCCGAGGACGCCUAUCGGAAGAGUCUGAAGAUCAACCCCCUCAACCACGGCGCCUGGUUCGCCCUGGGGUGCGUUCAGCUGAAUCUGGAGCGGUGGGACGAUGCCGUCGAGUCGUUCACGCGCACCGUCCAACUCGAGGACAGCGAUGCCGAGGCAUGGAGCAAUCUUGCUGCGGCCCUGCUGCGCGUUUCCUCGUCGCGGCCUACUGCGAUUGCGUCGGAGGCGAUUGUCGAUGACGACAAACCAGCACAAGCUGACACCAAUAAUGAUAACGAUCAGGAAGAGAGUGAGAAGAAGCACGACCCCUACAAACCCAAGCGCGACGCCCUGACUGCUCUGCAUCACGCCGCCCGCCUCAAGCACACCGACCACCGCAUCUGGGACAACCUCCUCACGGUAGCAGCGUCGAUUCCGCCGCCACAGACGCCGUACCGGGACAUCAUCCUCGCGCUGCGGCGAGUAAUCGAGCUGCAAGGUCCCAAGAAAGGCGAGAAGAGCAUCGACCUGUCCAUCCUGACGAUGCUGGUGGACCACAUGGUGAAGAACUACGAGUACGAGGAUCUCCUCAUCUCUGUUGACAACAACGACAGUAACAACAACGACAACGACAACAACAACGCUGCGACAUCAUCCAGUGGAAAACAGCGCAUCCUCCGCAGCGGAACCAUCCCCGGCCAAAUCCUCUCUCUGAUGGACGAGCACGUCGUCCCGCUAAUCACGCACUCCGCACCGCUAUGGCUGCUCGUCGCGCGCGUGGAGCUCUUCCGGCAACGACCCAGCAAAGCCUUCGAGGCGCACGAAAAAGCGUGGCGCGCGGCCGUCGCGUCCUGCACGCAGGGCGCUUUCCAGAUGGGCGAUGAGAAGAAGUGGAUGGAGGUAGUGCGGGCAACGGAGCGGCUUGUCCGGGAGGGAUACGCCAAGAUCGGCGGGAUGGAGAAGGAGGGUCAGGAUGAUAAAGCAGCAGAGGGGGAGGAGAGAGAGCUGGUUGCGAAAGACUGGCGGUUUAAGGCCCGGAGUGCCGUGCGCGGUAUUCUCGGUAAGGGGAAGGAGUUCUGGGAGGAUAGCGAGGGGUGGCGGAGGUUGAAGGAGUUGGCGGCGGAGGUUAGUGGGGGGGCGUAG